AUGGCAGCGUCGAGUACUGGGACGCGCGGUACAUCAGCAGGCAAUCGGACGUCGCGGGAUGUCUACUUCCCGUACGGCGUCAUCCAGAAAGGCCUCGAGCCGUUCUUCAAACCGUCCAAGGCCGAGCGCAUCUUGAUCCUGGGCUGCGGCACGAGCUCGAUGGGCCACGACAUGCUCGCCGCGGGCUUCCAUGACAUCACGUGCAUGGACUUUUCGCCCGCGGCCAUUCGCAUCGUGACGCAGCGCCAGGCGCCGCCCAUGGACGGCCGGCCUGCGCCCAAGUACGUGCUCAUGGACGCGCGCGACAUGGCGGCCUUCCCGAGCGCGUCGUUUGACGCCGUGAUCGACAAGGGCGUCUUGGAUGCGGUCGUCUGCGGCGUUGCCAACAGCGCUGGUGCUGGCCAGAUGAUGGACGAAAUCCACCGUGUGCUCACCGCCGACGGCGCGUGCUUUGUCUUUUCGAAUGGCUCGUAUGCAUCCCGGGCGCCAUAUAUCGACUGUAAUGCGGCGUCAUGGCAAAUCAACCAGAUCAGUAUUGGUACGUAA